AUGGAUUCGGGCCAUAGCGCCCGCGGCUCCAAGGCCGAGCUCAUACGCAUUGCUGCCAUGCGUCCCACCGGCUCUGACUUUAGAGUCGCCGAGCAUGAAGACGGCGGCACUGCUCAAGCUCAUUUGAUCCAUGCCGCUGACACCACCAAGGUUCCUGCUCAUACUCCCAAGCUCAAAGCCGCUGCUGUCCCCAAGCAUGCCCCCUCUGAUCCUCAGCAGGAUCAUCGCCAGACCCACCCCAAGGAUACUGACCACAAUGCUCAUCCUACACUUGAGGAAGAGAUUGCUCACCAGCAGCAUGUCGAGAACUGCCAGCGCGACAACUCUGCUGGUCACCACGCCAUCGCCGCCCCUGCCCACCGCCCACACAAACCUCGCCACAACCACCUCACUAACGACGAAACCGACAAACAUGACCACUUCCGUCACCAGCCCCACGAUCAAACCUGCGGCAACGACUACCACGUCGAGCUCGGUAACCUCCGCGCUUCUUCUGCCUCUAAUUCUCCGCUGCUAUCAGUCAGGAAGCUGUUCAGCGUUGCUAAUUCGAGUGUAUUUAGGGGGUAUGCUUACUCGGAGGCUGUUACACGCACCAGACACCAUCCGCGUCAGAGCUUCAAGGAGCGUCGGCAGAACAACAACAUCUUGACACCAGAGAUGAACCUUGGUGUUCUUUUCCUUGAGUCCACCGCGUCCAGGUCUGAAGCUCCUGCUAUUGCAAAGUCUCGGCGACGCGAUGCAGAAACUCCAGAGACGAGUCUUGAAUUUCUCUUCCCCGAUAUUGAUCCCGCGUCAAACCAACAGCACCCUCGCGAUCACCUAGGUCGCUCAAAUGGUCACCGCGGUCAUCACGCCCUGCAGGAUCUCAGUCCUGUCGAAGGACCCGAAUCACCCGAUUACAACAUUGAAGGGCCUCAGCACCACAACGACCAGAAGCAGUCUGAGUAG